AUGCGGCGCCGCGAUUACACCGACGGCGGCGAACCACCGGACGCUCUGGACUGGGACCUGGACCUGAACCUGGAGCUGGAGCUCAGGGACGACCAACAGUCCAGGCUGUACCGGUACCUGUCCGAAGGGCACAGGCCCAGGUACCGGAACGAGCCGCCGAGGAGGGCUGCCACGGUCACGUUGGCCAACAGGCAUAAAUCAUAA